AUGGAUAGACAAAAUGAGUGGACCUGCGACGCGAAUGAUGCGGUUGAGAUAUCCUUGGUCCAGCCCACCGAGGACGACAAAAAGUUGACGACUGACUCGACCUUUUAUCCUCAAUUCACUUAUCCUAUCUUUGGAGAUAAGGAAACCAUAUUCGGCUACAGAAAUUUGAACAUUCGGCUCCGUUUUGCUGCGCAUGACCUUCAAUCACACGUCCAUAUUUCGUACGAUGAGAAGUUUAAACAAGUCGAGGAUAUAACUGCGACUGAUCUUCUUGGGACACUCAAGCCAUACCUUCCAGAGGCUUCCUUCUCGACACUUGAUGAGUUUACCAAGAACAUAAGCCAUAGUGACCACGCGGCGAAGUUUACACCUCCGGGGAAGCGCGUUCACAGUUAUUCUAAAGACGGUAGAGAUUACGAAAUAUGGUCAGGCUCCUUAGCCAAUCCGGAGGUUCGCAAAAUACUUGAUAGGCUACAGAUUUUCGUCUCGUUUUUCAUUGAGGGCGGAACUCCAAUUGAGACAGAAGAUUUUGAAUGGACUCUAGAGAGGUGGAUAAUAUAUUUUGUAUACGAAAAACACAAGAAGCCGGCCAACCCAAAAGCUUCAAGGUACUCUUUUGCUGGAUACGCAACCACAUACAGAUGGUACUUUUAUCACCCCAAGUCUUCAAGUGGUGCCAAACUGGGGCUUGAAUCCAAGAAAGGGAAUGCAUUCGACUCAUUUCCGCUUUCAAAGAUACCUGCCCGCCUACGUAUCGCCCAAUUCCUUAUCAUAAAGCCUCACCAGCAUGCCGGCCAUGGGUCUCAGCUCUACCGCACCAUUCACAAGGUGUGCCUCAACGACCCUACAAUCUUCGAAUUAACCAUUGAGGAUCCAAACGAAUCAUUCGACGCCCUUCGCGACUCAAACGACUACCACACCCUAAAGCCGGAAUUCAUCAAGCACAACAUCUCAAUCAACCCCAACCCACUCCAUACUACUCCUUCCAGUGGCACCUCUACCGGCGCUUCAUCUCCUAAACCCCACAAACACCCCCAAGUCAUGCCAACAUCACUAUUAAUCCCUACAAAAACCCUCGACGAGCUUCGACAUGAGUUCAAGAUCGCUCCCACACAGUUUGCCCAUCUAGUCGAGAUGUAUCUCCUCAGCCAGAUCCCUGAAAUCCACCGUGGUGCAGAAAAUGUCAACAUGACGCGCCUGAAGACACAAAAAUCACGCAUGCAGAACGAGCAUGAUAGGCGGUAUUAUUGGUGGCGGAUGCUGGUUAAGCAGCGCUUGUAUAAGCGACAUCGCGAUAUGUUGAUACAGAUUGACAAGGACGAAAGGGUGACGAAGUUGGAUGAGACGUUGCAGAAUGUCGAGGAGGGAUAUGCGGUGCUACUAAAGGCAUUUGAUGAGCGGGCUCCGCAGAGAGCGGUAGAAAUAAUAAAUCUAGAUGAAGUGGUUGAUGAUAUGGAACAUGGGAUAAAGAAAGGGAGACCUCAGAACGAGACCGCGGAAGAAAGAGCAGCAAGGAAAGAGAAACGACGAGAGAGGAGGAAGGAAAGGGCAAAAGAACUCGAGCGAGAGGCUGCGGCUGAGGCCAAUAUCAAUCCGGCCGCAGGCACAAAGAAACGGACGAAGAGGAAAUACGUCGUUGACGAUGACGAAGAUGAAGUGGAAGCUCAGCCAAAAAAGGCGGGUAUAAAGAAGAAGGUCAAAUUCUAA